UCCUUUUCUUCUGCAACAGAUUGUUUUCUUACGAUCUUAUAUUCGUUGAUACGUGCUUCCUAGUUUGACCAUCACGAUUGUAUUUAGUGUUCCUUAAGAUUUUGCGAUGACGUGUUUUGUCAGCUGUCUCAACCUUCAUAGUGGAGCGGAGAGGACGAGGAGCUGAGGCAUAGAAAUCGAGUUUUUCUUCGGAAGGAGACGUUGCCUUAUGAGGAUUGUCAAACCCAUAUCAAAAUCGACUUGAUAGGGAAAUUAGCUAGCGCACGCUCUACAGCUGAUUCCUAACACCAUUGUCGCGUGCAGGACGUCAUUGGCAAACAGGGUUCCAAUGCCAAGACUCCGCGAUGUGAAGAAUUCUGGAGAUGGAGUUCGGUGGGAACCCAAGUGACAGACAUUUGAGAAUGCAGUCCGGCUUGAGACAAGCGAGUCAGGGGGGAUAUGGUUCCAUAGAUGUGGUUUUGAAGUCUAAGGAUUCUCUGCAACUGGGUCCACUGUAUAGCCAACAGCAGCAGGUGACACAGUAGCAACUUGGCAGCGUACCAUCUAGAAGGAGGAGAUUCCAAGGGCCAGCUACAAACGAGUGCAAGUGACAUGAGUCCUUCAGGUCGCUGAUACGAUGGAUACGCAUUGGGUGUGGGUGUGGCUCACAGUCUUGUGCACUGGGUGCUUCGUGCAAACAACUCAGUCUCUGUUAGGCUCGGAUGGUUUGUGCCCCUUAGACUUCAGCGGGCUGGAUUUUACCUCCACUGUGGCAGCGUGUGCAAAUUUCAGCUAUGGCAGCUGCUGCGACCACUCCAAAGCGCUUGUUGCAGUGGCCAUGUCGCAAUAUACUCGAAACUCCAGCAAUUUACAUCUCCCUCCUGACCUACUUGAGCAUUGCAAGGUCUUCAUCAGUGCCACUUUUCAGAAUAGAAACAUUGAAUUGCCGGUGGCAACUUGGUGUGCGCUCAAUGCGAGCCUCCUCGUAGACCCACCGUGCGAAGGUCUUAGGGAUGUACGAUCGAUCCACAAAUCACCAAAUUAUAGUCCGGUCGAGGUGUCUUGCGGUCCGCUUCAAAGUCGUGCUGGAACUGCGUCAUGUCGAAAUUGUUUGGACUCUCAAGCGGGGUUUAUAGGCACUUUGACGAAGAACCGCACGGUUUCAGAAUCAUGGCGGUCAUGUGCGGAUACUAUAUUCUUGUCAGUUGCAAGUCUUGGAGACUCAGAUUACGCCAUGGAGCAUGCUAAUUGCUUUUUCCAGUUUCACGAGUCAGAUGCGCAACUACUGCCUCAGUCUCGAUGCCCAGUGACACUCCAGCCAGACAAGAUUACCGCCAUAGUCGAGACUUGCGAUGCUCAGAAAGGGAAUCAAUACAAGUGUUGUGCUUCAGCACUACUGGCUUUGCGCAUCAGCAUUACACAUGCAACUCCAGUGUCCACCACCUUCUCCAUAUCUGAGAAGCAGGGCGCUGCUUGCCUCAAAGACCUUAGCUCUGAUUUGGCCAUUCUCGACAUGCACUCACGCUUCCAAACCUGCAAUAUCGCUGCUGAAGAGAUUUUUCAUACCUCCACACACGGAUGUCAUGGGAUCUCUACCGUGAAACAGAUUCACGAACUACUUCGUAAGCAAAAGAUUGACUACCGUCUCAUCCAAGAGUCUUGUAGCGUGGCAGCGACUUCGUGUGAGCCUUGCCGUCGAGCAAUGCUGGACGUCACAUUUGUUCUGGCGUCUGCAAGGGGCUCUGGUAUGAAAGCCAAGGUGAUUCAAAGCUGCAGUGACCUUGUGUUUCUUGCCAUCACAAGCAACUUUACUGAAGCAAAGGCCUAUGAAAUCGGCUCUUGCUUGUUUACCAUUCAAGUUUUCGUGCCAGAAUUUGCUCCGCAUCUCCAUCCGCAAUUUCAAAUGCUUGCUCCAGCUCCAGGACCAAGUAGCCCAAGUGGAGUGUUUUCUUCAAGGGCAGUGAUGCAAUCAUUCACCCGGUUGAUCAUUGUUCUUGGAAUUUGUAUCGUAUUUAUGGGGCUUGUGCUAUUCCUGCUCAUAAUGCUGGUUGUCAUAGUCCAUCGGAAGCGGAAAGCCUUUCAAUCUCCAGAAGAUCAAAAGCCAUUAACUGGCAAGCGAUUACCAACCAUCCGUAGCAAAGAUGGAACCUGUGCAAUAUCGAAGGGUCGCAAUUGCCGAAAAGAUUGCACACCUCUUUUUAGACACUUCAAGCUCGUAGAAAUCCAGGGUGCUACGGACAAUUUCAGUACAAUCAUAGGGCGAGGUGGAUUUGGAACCGUGUACAAGGCACGGUUUCACGAUGGCCUCGUGGCUGCCGUUAAGCGCAUGAACAAGGGCACAUCGCAAGGAGAGCAGGAGUUUUGCAAGGAAAUGGAACUUCUCGGGCGUUUGCAUCACCGCCAUCUUGUUAGUCUGCGAGGUUACUGUGCUGAGCGCCAUGAAAGGCUUUUAGUUUACGAAUACUGUGAGAAUGGGAGCCUGAAGGAACAUAUACAUGGCCAAGUGAAGCCGGUUCUUACUUGGCAAAGGCGGCUGCAGAUCGCCUUGGAUGUUGCAACUGGCCUCGAAUAUCUUCAUUCAUAUUGUGAACCACCAUUGUGUCACCGUGACAUAAAAUCCAGCAACAUUCUACUGAACGAAACCUUUACAGCAAAGGUGGCUGACUUUGGAUUAGCUCGUGGGGGAAGAAAUGGAGCUGCUAAGUUCGAGCCAGUAACUACUGAAGUCCGUGGAACUCCAGGUUACAUGGAUCCAGAGUAUGAGCUCACACAGAAAUUGGCAGAAAAAAGUGAUGUCUACAGCUUUGGUGUGCUUUUGUUAGAGCUCGUCACUGCUAGACGAGCCAUCAAUGACAACAUGAGACUGGUGGACUGGGCUCAGAAAUACAUGAACAAUGAAUCAAAAGUUGCCUUCCUUGUCGAUUCAGACUUGGAACAUGAAUACAACAUGGAUGAACUCAAGUCACUCAUCUCCAUCAUCAAGCUGUGCACUCAGGUUGAUGGGACAUUACGACCAACAAUGCGACAGAUUGCCAGGGUUUUGUACGAUCUAAGUUCAGGGUUGAAUUCUUCAUUAAGUGGCUCACAUUUUAGCCCCCAGUAUUCCCUCCAACUGGGUGAAGUUCCAUCCAUAUCAGCGGAGUUGAGCAUGGUGAGCAUUGAAGCUGGGUCAAACCAGCCUGCUUCCUCAUCUGCUCAGGAACUGCUCAUGAUAUGCCCGGCAUACCCUAAAGUGUGGCCAUGACCGAGUUUUGGCUACUAACUAACGUCCUCUAUUGAUUAGUCUUUGGAAACUUAAUCAGGUUCUUAAACGACUUUUACGCCACAUCUUCAAACUGACAGUCCAAAUGCUUUAGUGCACGAGGCGAUCGAAAGGAAGUUUAUCAGGUUACGCACAAAUUUUUUGCACUGGGUGGAAUUGCUUUUGUUGUUAAUGUAUCACCUCAACCUAGAUGAAUUCAGUCUUCUUUGUAAGCAUCAAAUGAAUCAUGUGCACUCAAGAAAAGGCA